AUGGACAUCCGGCUCCUUCCCGUCGAACAGUCCGUGAUGAUGAUGAGAACGGAGAGUGCCCUCCACACCAUCACUGUUUACGAGGGACAGCCGCCCAUCGACUUCUUGCGGCAUAGAGUCGCAGAAAUGGCACGUGCAAAUCCAUGGCUGGCGGGAAGCCUCGUUGGCGCUGGCGGUGUCACGGUGUUGAGGCACCCCGUCGAUCCGAAAGGCUCGGCGGCAGUCUACAGGCUGCCGCAGCAGGAGGGGAUGUCCUACUCCCAGAUGGUCGCUGCGCUCAGGCCAAUGACGGUCAAGACGGGAGCCACCGCAGUCAACAAGGACGAGCCCGUCUUUUGUGUGUCCGUGCUGAGGCAGGGAAAGAGCAAGUGGUGGCUCUCGGUCAGCCUGAGCCACGUUGUUGGCGACGCCCACACCUUUUACUCCCUCCACAACAUGCUGGGCGAGUCGAGCGAAGUCAAGCGCAUGGACGCCGUGGCCGGGGCCAAGGACAUCGCGGCAAUCGAGACCUCGGCGAUGGCUCACGCAGCCGCGGGCAAGAUGAAGCAGCUCUGGGCUCAUCCGCCGCCCGUAGCAGGCUUCCACCUCAGUCCAGCUCCGCUCGAUCAGGCGGAAGCGGCGGCGGCAGGCGGCGUUCCGUUCGUCUCGUCCAACGACGUGGCCACAGCGUGGUUCCUGCAGCAGAGCGGGGCGGACCUUGGUCUGAUGACUUUGGACUUUCGCAAUCGCCUGCCGGGCAUCGGCGUCGAGCAUGCUGGAAAUUACGAGACCUCGAUCGUCUAUCAGCGAGCCGACUUUGAGUCUGCGGCGCUCAUCCACAAGUCGGUGUCAACUUUGAGGGGCGCUGCCGAGCCACGAACCGGAGAGCCGGGCCUGCUCGACUGGGCGAGCAGCACAUCCGCCGUGGUGUCAAACUGGGCCUCCCUCUUCAAGCAGCUGGAGUUUGCGGGCUCCUCUCACCUCACGCACGUGCCGGUGCUCAACGCGGCGAGCAUGCCACGUGGCAACAUGGACACCGCUGUCCUGUUCGAGUCGGCGCCUGGCAAGCUCGCGUGCCUCGUCGCCCCGUCUCGCGGCGGCUUCAGCCUCGAUGCUGCCAAGCAGAGCGGGGCGGUGGGAGAGCCGCUCGAGGCUGUGCACUUUUGA